UCUGUAACCCCAUCCCAAUCCGCCCCCUCUCAGUCCCCCGCUUGUCCUAUAGGCAAACAAGAUCGGCGAGGUUAGCGAAUAGAAGAGCUCGGCGAGGUUGAAAGACGACCGUUCGGCGCGGUCAUCCGUAAGGCGGAGUAGCGAUGAGGAUAAUAAGGAUAUCUCCUGCUCUCUUCUUCACUUCUUCUCCUUUUGAUCGAACAAUGAACCAUCUCACAUUUCAUUUGUUGAGUAUAUACUACCGAAUCCUCUAAAAUCCACCAAGUUUAUUUCCGCACUUUUCGUCAUCCGUAGCUAGGAUUUGUGUUUUUCCUACCCUACCCACGUCGUCUUCUCACCAUGGUUCUCACUGCCCCCCCUGCCGAAGUGGCCAUUAUUGGCGGAGGUCUUGCCGGCCUAACCCUCGCUCUGGCGCUGCACGAUCUGAAUAUCCCCUCUACGGUCUACGAGGCCCGCUCCGCGGAUUUCGACCAAGGGGGUGGUAUUAUGCUAUCGCCCAACGCCCUGCGGGUCCUCGAUAGCGUUGGUGUCUACAAACGUGUUCGCGAUAACUCGCUACAAUUUGACAUCCUCACCUUCAAGGAUGGCCAGGACCAGACUACUGAUGUGUACUACUUUGGCUCUGAGGAGCUAUACGGCUACCAUGCCAUCCGUAUCAUGCGUAAAGAACUUCUAGAUGAGAUGAGGGCCAUGGUGCGGGAGCGCAACAUCCCGAUUCACUUCGAUAGUAAAUUGACUGCCAUCACAUCCGAUGGCCCUGACAAGGUCGAGUUUACGUUUGCGGACGGACGCGUCGCAUCCGCUCCUCUCGUAAUCGGAGCUGACGGAAUCCAUUCGACUGUGCGUGGGACUUUCCUACCUGAGGUGAAGCCUAUGUACGCCGGUUUCAUGGGCAUCAACAGCGUUGUGCAAAGAUCUCAGCUUCGUAUCCCUGAAGGCUACAGCCUACCCGCGACCGUCCUGGCCAAGCCGGGCGCGUUUCUGCUAGUCCCCCAAAAGCCGGACGGGUCAGAGCUUUUCAUUGGCUCGCAGAGGCGAUUUCCCGCGCUGGACGCCGCAGGUUGGGAAGCGCUGAGGAAGGACAAGCAAAAGCUGUAUGACAUGCUUCAAGAGAAUAAGUCUGACUGGCCGGAUAUCGUACAGUCAGCACUGGAGGCGACGCCAGUGGACCGGAUGGGAUUUUGGGCCUUCCACGGUAUACCGCCCCUAGCAUCGUGGCUAUCUGAGUCCAAGAGAAUUAUCCUAGUUGGAGACGCAGCGCACGCAAUCCCGCCAACUGCCGGUCAGGGUGCCAACCAAGCUUUCGAGGAUGUGAGAGCACUGGCCACUCUGCUCUCGAAGCUCUCGCCCGAGGUGCCGCUAGACAAGGCUGCCGCGCAAUGGCAAACCUAUCGCCAAGCGCGAGUUAAGAAAGUCCUCGACCUAACUAACCAGAUGAACGCGAAACGUCUACCGGAAUCAGAGCGAGCUAAGCUGCCUCCGGGCGCUAUCUGGAGUGACCAGUCGCUCACCCGUGGUGAGGGUGGAGAGUUACGUUGGCUGUAUGAUCCGGAUUUGGCACAGGAGGCUGAGAAGUGGGUGGAAGAGCUCAAACAGGCUGCUAAUCCUUGAAAGCAAAAAAAAGGCUUGUCCAGAAUUGGAGCCUAGCGAUGACUAUGUACCUAAUAUUAUUAUCCACCUACCUACCUGAGUAGGCAUGUACCUGAUUAGCCUUGCAAGUGUUGGACUUUCGUAGCAGACCCAUGAACAGAAAGUCGUUUCCACCUUGGGGUCCGUAAAUACUACGUUUCGGAAAUGGAGUGCUGCUCCUGUAAGUACGCUACGAUUUCGAUAGCAACGUAAAGGUUGGGAGUCGGUAUAAUAUGUUGGCAAUAGUGCAAAAAACGUACCAACAAUAUUAUUAUUUGUAAAGGCUAUGGGUUAUAUUUUGUGAUACGCUUAGGUAAUUGGUAGAUUUGGAAUUAUACGAACCAUCCAACACUGUUCAGGUCUUAUGUUAAUAGGCAGUGUUACCGAAGCUAUUGUGGAGCGGCCGUCGAAGGAUUUUAAAUAUAGCAUCUCCCGG